AUGGACAACGAUAUGGAAAAUGAGGUGCCAUAUGCAGCAACUAAUUUUGUCGAAGAAGAAACCGACCAAGAUCAACAACUAAUACUACUGGAUGAUAACAAUAACUCAUUUGAAGUUGAUACAGUUACAAUAUCAGAUGCUACUCAUUUUGAAGGGCCCACGGUUUUAGGGCCCAUGGCGGCUGGGAAGAACGACUCCGCCGAUAGGAUCAAGGGGCCCUGGAGUCCGGCCGAGGACAACCACCUGCGGGAACUGGUGCAGCAGCACGGCGCCAGGAAUUGGUCGCUCAUAAGCAAGUCCAUUCAGGGGAGAUCGGGGAAGUCGUGCCGCCUGAGGUGGUGCAACCAGCUCUCGCCGGAGGUCGAGCACCGCCCGUUCACGCCGGAGGCCAUAAUUAGCCAGAUUAAUCAUUAA